CGUCAACAGUGCCAUGACAGUAGCAGUGCCACAUCAGCAGCAGUGCCACGACAGCAACAGUACCAACGCCCGCAGUGCCCCUCCACCAUGAUGGGUUCAUCAUUGGGCAUGAUAGGCCAACUGGCCGGUGAGUCCAUUGACGAGUACCAUCAACGGUUUCUAGCUCAGCUCGCAUUGAUCGAGGCUGAGGUACAGCGCCAGGCGGCAGCCGAGGCAGCAGCUGAAAAGCAGCGGCUUCAGGCCGAAGCAGACGCAGAUACCCAGGCACGCCGCAAGGAGGCCCAGGAUCUGCUACAACGGCACGAAGCCACCAGCGUCGAAAGGCUCAAGUUCUGGCAUUUUGAACCAGCUGAGGACAAUGACGACGUGACACCGGAAGAGCAGCACAAGGAGUUCCUCUCCAAACUCGUGACCGGGUUGGUUUACACUUGUAACCACCUACAGUCCGAGUUAGAGAACCAACACCAGGAACAUACGAAACAACACCAGGAACUGGCGAAACAGCACCAUAAACUGUCGAAUCUCCGACGAACAGUGCAGAACCACAAGGAUCUGCACGAGGAUGCUACACGGGCACUUCAUUCCCGUGUACAGGACUUGGAGCAAGUCGCACCAAGACCAGAUGCUGGCGGGUCCAGCAGUGCACCCUCAACCCGCCAAUUGGAGGAACGAGUUGACCAUAUAGUCGCAAUGCUUGGCGACAUCAGCACGUUCGCCGCACCAGCCACCAUCAGCGAGCAGCUCGGCACCUUGCAGACCGAACUCAGGCAGCUGCACCAGCCGCCUGACAACGUUCGCAGCACCAGUGCAUCAAAGCACUACAAGAUGCCGACGUUCCGGAUCGAGAAGUUUGACGACUAUACGCGUCAGGACUCAGUCAUUUGGUGGGACGGUUUUAGAACGGAGCUUGGGAUUCACGAGGUCCCCAGAUACUUGUUCAUCUCAGCGCUGUUCCUCAACAUCAAGGGCGGAUGCCAGAUCUGGCUCAACAACAUGGCAACCAUCUACGGCGUCCAGGAUCAUCUAUACAAUAAGAUCUCCUGGGAAGAUCUGACGAGAGAAUGGAAGAAGCGGUUCAUCGUUGACAAUGCCCCGACGCUUGCCAUCAACUGCCUCUUCACCAUGACCCAAGGCAUCACACUAACACGCGAUUGGCUCACGGAAUGGCAAAAGAUCGUGGCAACGCUCGAUCUCGAGUUGCCAUUUUCGCAUCUGCGCCGAGAGUUCUACAACCGGUCGUGUGCCGCCUUGAGCCUCGCACUUAGUGAUCGUGAGCAGUACACGACUUUUGCCGAAAUUAUCGACACGGCGCAAGAGAACAUCAAGAUCAACUGCGCACGAGAAGUCAACAUGGCAGCCAACCUAUGUGGAGAAGGGAAAUUUUGGUUCGCGUCCGCAGCAUGUCGCUGCAGUCCAACCGCACAAUAUUUACCAACUUCGUUGAUGGACGCCGGAGUAGAGGUUGUUGACCUUCAUGACUACGUUGCGAAGAUCGACCGUGAGUUCAAGACACAACGGUACGACGACAUCGAGGCGCCAUUGUUGUACAUAUGCAUUCAGAUCGGAGAGGCGACCUGCAGCGCUUUGAUUGAUUGCGGAGCUACUCGCAACUAUAUCAGCCAAGACUUUAUGGGUCUUCCGCCGCGUGCUGUGGAGUUGGUGAAGCUGGGAGGAUCCUUUUUCUUGGCCUUCACGCCAUUGAUUGCGGCAACCUUUGCAGCUUUCUUUGCCAUCUAUCUGUUUUGGGGAUCGGAGUUUGUACAUAGUGGGAGGAAGGGAGUAGGGCCGCCCAAGUACGUUGACCCCUACGUGCUGCUGCAAGAGGAAGAGGCAGCUGACCCUUCGAGGGUACCAUAUAAAUUCUAAGUCGAAAGACUCAAAACCUAUUUUGAAUUUUCUGCAUUAUUUCCCUCCUCUCUUGUCAAUUAAAUUGCUGUGUUGAAAAUUGUUCUCGA